UUUUCGUGAUUUGCUCAGGGACCUCAGCGGAGGAUGCACGUCUGCGCCGCGAACGGAGGCCAUUAGAAACCCAGCAACACCUGUCGAGGGCUGCUUUCCUUCUACCUUCCUUCGGGUGAUGCUUCAAUAAGAGUCAAAGAGAGGGAAAGGUAAAACAGUUUAAAAUGGCAGACAAGGAUAGCGUGGAGAAGUACUUGGAGAAUAAUCCGCAAUUUGCAAAAGAGUACUUUGACAAGAAGAUGCGCCCCGAAGCCCUUGCGGCCGCAUUCGCAGAGAAGCUUGAGAUCAAAGAUCCGGCUUCGUUCAAAGAUGUCUCCCAAAUUCAGGAGGCCGCUAUCAUCUUUGACUUGAUCACUGAGAUGCAAACUGUCGCCGUUAUGGAAAAGGCCAUGCACAAGGUCCUGCAGAGAGUUUGCAUGCUGGUAAAUGGUGACAGGUGCAGCUAUUUUAUAUGCAGAUCAAGAAAUGGAAUACCAGAGCUUACGACACUGCUUUUUGACGUGACCCCAACGUCCAAAUAUGAAUCAAAUUUGGUCAGCCCUACGACUGAGAUAGUGUUCCCCACCGACAUUGGUAUAGUAGGGUUUACGGCACACUCCAAAAAGCCAGCUGUCGUUGCCGACGUGACACAGAACAAACGUUUCAGUGACUUUGUGGACAAGCAGACAGGCUACAAGACCAAGAACAUGCUCACAUAUCCCAUCUUGGCUGAUAAGGAAUGCCUUGGUGUUAUAAUGGUACUCAACAAAAUCGGAGCCAAUGAGUUCAGCAAGCAGGAUGAAGAGCUCUUCAACAAGUACAUGACCUUUGCAACAGUCAUAGCCCUGCAGCAUCACACCAUGUACAUGUUCAACGUGGAGUCUAGAAGGAGUCAGGUGCUUCUGUGGUCAGCCAGCAAGGUAUUUGAAGAGUUGACAGACAUUGAGAGACAGUUCCACAAAGCCCUCUAUACUGUGAGAAUCUACCUCAAUUGUGAACGCUACUCCGUUGGCCUGCUGGACAUGACCAAAGAAAAGGAGUUCUACGAUGAAUGGCCUGUAAAACUGGGAGAUGUGGAGCCAUACAAGGGGCCAAAGACCCCAGACGGAAGGGAAGUGAUCUUCUACAAGAUCAUCGACUAUCUCCUGGAGGGAGAGAAGGAGGAAAUCCAAGUCAUACCGGGACCUCCAGUUGACCACUGGGCUCUUGUCAGUGGGCUGCCGACCUAUGUGUCGGAGAAUGGCUUUAUCUGCAACAUGAUGAACGUUGCUGCUGAUGACUACUUUACAUUCCAGAAAGAAGCUGUUGACGAUAGAGGGUUCGUCUUAAAGAACGUCUUGUCGCUUCCCAUUGUCAACAAAAAAGAAGAAAUAGUUGGCAUUGCCACCUUCUUCAACAGAAAGGAUGGCAAACCUUUUGACGAGCACGACGAACAGAUCACUGAGGCCCUCACCCAGUUCCUGGGCUGGUCGGUGCUGAACUGUGACACAUAUGAUAGGUUGAACAAAAUGGAGAAUAGAAAGGAUAUUGCCCAGGAGAUGUUAUUGUGCCAGACUAGGUGCACCAAUACUGAGAUGCAAACCAUCCUGAACACUAAGGAGAAGUUUGACCAGGACCCUGAAGACUGUGACCAAAAGGAGAUGUACAAACUAUUGAGAACCAACUGUCCUCUGGCCAAAGAUGUGGAUCUGUUAGAGUUUCACUUCAGUGACUUCCCUGUGACAGAGCACAACCUCAUUAAAUGUGGAAUCCGUUGCUUCUUUGAACUCAACGUUGUGGAAAAGUUCAAAGUGCCUGCAGAGACUCUGACACGAUGGAUGUACACAGUCAGAAAGGGUUACCGUGACAUCACUUACCACAAUUGGAGACAUGGUUUCAAUGUGGGCCAGACUAUGUUCUGUCUGCUACAGACAGGGAAACUGAGGAGGUACUACUCCGACCUGGAUGCCUUCGCCAUGGUGGCCGCUGCAUUCUGCCACGAUAUUGACCACAGAGGGACCAACAAUCUCUACCAGACUAAGAGUGGUUCUCCCCUGGCUCGUCUCCACGGCUCCUCCAUCAUGGAGAGGCAUCAUCUGGAGUACAGUAAGACUCUCAUGGCUGAGGAGAGCCUGAACAUCUUCUGCAACCUCCAAAAGCGCCAGUUUGAGACCGUCCAGCACUUAUUUGACGUCUGCAUCAUUGCCACAGAUCUGGCCUUGUACUUUAAAAAGAGAACAAUGUUCCAGAAGAUUGUUGAUGCCACUGAGCCAAUGGUUGAAGCGGAUGCGAUUUCCCACAUUUCCAACAAUGCCAUCAGAAAGGAAAUUGUCAUGGCCAUGAUGAUGACAGGCUGUGACUUGUCUGCUAUCACCAAGCCCUGGGAGGUUCAGAGUAAGGUUGCUCUGAUGGUAGCUGCAGAGUUCUGGGAGCAGGGAGACCUGGAGAGAACCGUUCUGGACCAGCAGCCCAUUCCCAUGAUGGACAGGAACUGCUCAGCUGAGUUACCCAAGAUGCAGUGCGGUUUCAUUGACUUUGUCUGCUCAUUUGUGUACAAGGAAUUUUCCAGGUUCCAUAAAGAGAUCACUCCCAUGUUUGAUGGCCUAAACAACAACAGGGUGCACUGGAAGGAGCUGGCCGAUAUCCACGCAGCCAAGCUUGCCAAGAUUGAGGAGGAGAAAAAGAAACUGGAAGACGCAGACAAAAAACCCGAAGUAGCAGAAGGAGCAAAGUCCAAAACAUGCGUCAUCUCCUAAGGUCCCCGCCUAUCGGGCCUCCCACGCCACCUAGGAAACCACUGGAGGUGUCAAGCCACCCAGUCAAUCUUUGGUAUCUUUAGAACCUGACUAAGCAGAUCUGAUGAGAUUUGAGUUUGAAUUCCAGCCAGAUUCAAAGGUUCACACAGCUAUACAUUUUAAAUACCCUGCUUACCAAAGAUCAAGCGGAGACUACUUAAGUCCUCUCCUCCUAUCUUCUGUGGAAUGGGCCUUGUGUGUGUGCUGUAUGGGAGAAUACGAACUAACAUCCUGUAGAUGCAGAAUGGGCCAAGUUCUAUUACAGGUGUACCAGACAAUACUUUGCUCAUGCCCAAAGGGUCAUGAUAGACACAUUGCGCAUAGGGUUCAUUAUUUAUGAAUGAGUAGUGUCUUAAAAGUCUACAAUAUUUCUGUACAAUUCCCUUUAACCAACAAUGUCCUUUAGCCAAUUAGACCCCUCUCUCUGUGUAUGUGUCUGUCUAUCUGUCUUGAGACACAAUUAGAACCGUGACAUCUAACUAAUCAGGAACUAGAAAGGUUGACUAUCUUAAGAAACCUGUCUUCUCUUCUAAUCAAUGGAAAAUCAUUCAAGAGCUCUAAUCCAAUCAGAGUGGAUUUGACAGACUUCACUGAAACUCUGUUCCUGGAGUUACUGGGCAGACAUCUUGGAUGAUGGCCCUGCCAAUCAGGGACAUGACAAACUGUGGGAUAAGACAAAGCAUGAUGGGUCUCAUCCCAGGUUUCACGAUUGCAUGGAAUCUAAAGGAUGUACUGUAUAUCUGCUAAUUCUAUUGAGUUGUCAUUGAGAGAUUAGAAAUGUAACAUUUGAUGUCCUAUGAAAUGAGCUAUACUGUAUGUAUGUGUCAUAAGCAGUACUCUGUAUACAAAUAAAAGCAUUAAAUAAAGUUAAAUG